AUGAAAGGGUUCGACGGACAGUUCGUGAUGGCCUGGCUCCUGGAGCAAGGCACAGCGCCGGAGGUGAUCCCUAACGGGUCUAUGAUCAUGUGUUUAAGACAUCCUAGUCUGAACAUUCGGGUCAUAGACUCGUUAAAUUUUUUACCGAUGGCGUUGGCCAAGCUACCGGGAUGCUUCGGUCUCACCGAAUUAAAAAAGGGAUACUUUCCCCAUCUUUUCAACUCCCGAGAAAACCAGAGUUAUGUCGGACCGCUGCCUGAGGCCCGGUACUACAGCCCGGACACCAUGAGUACUCCAGCCCGAAAGGCAUUUCUAUCCUGGCACGAAGAACACAAGGGGGAUGUGUUUAACUUCCAAGCAGAGAUGCUGGCCUAUUGCAGAUCGGACGUGGACAUUCUUCGUCGCUGUUGCCUGGAGUUUCGAGCCCAGUUUUUGGAUGUGGCGGGUGUGGAUCCAUUCCAAUACGUGACCAUUGCGUCAGCCUGUAUGGCAACGUAUCGGAGUGGCCACAUUCAGCCCGACACGAUUGCCAUGGUGCCCACACACGGCUACGUCAACUCCACGAAUUACAGCCCUGAUUCGAUCCGGUGGUUGGACUUUGUUGCUGCUUCGGAAGGCAUUGCCAUUCAACAUGCGUUGAACGGUUCCGGAGAGCACAGAAUCGCCGGAAUCUCGGUAGACGGUUUCUGCCAAGAAACUGAAACCGUCUAUCAGUUUCAGGGCUGUUUCUUCUAUGGGUGUAGUUUAUGCUACGAUGGUGAUAUCAUACAUCCGCUAAAAGGAGUUUCCAUGGCAACGUUAAGAGAAAAGACAGAAGAGACGACAAGAAAGCUUCGCACCCAGGGUUUCCACGUCAUAGAAAUGUGGGAGCAUGAGUUUCAGAGAGAAAAAGAGGAAAAUCCAGAUCUCCAAGCUUUCCUGGAUCAACACCAUCUGAGGGACCGGCUCCAUCCUCGCGAGUCAUUUUUUGGAGGAAGGACCAAUGCCCUCAAAUUGUUCCACGAGGGAGACGCAAAAUAUGUGGAUUUUACUUCACUCUAUCCAUGGGUGAACAAGUAUUGCGUCUACCCUGUGGGACAUCCAACAAUCAUCACGGAAAGCUUUGGAGGAUGUGGAAAAUUACUUUGGAAUUAUCCAAUGCCGUGUGAUUCCUCCACGGAAUCCUAUUUACGAAGUGUAUCAUUUCCAAAGCAAUCGUCUACUUCCCUGUUUCGUUCCUACAUUGAUCUCUUUCUGAAGAUCAAGCAGGAAAGUAGCGGAUGGCCUUCGGAGUGUGUGACGGAAGAAGCCAGACUGAAGUACAUUCGCCAGUAUGAAGAAAGAGAGGGCGUCAAAUGGGGUAUGAACGUCAACAAAGCCCAACUGACCUAUGUACAUACGGUGCCAGACUUUAAUAAGAUGUUGGCGGAUCCUACUAAAAAAAUCAAAGAUGUCUUUCUCCCCACGCCUGAGGUGGCUGCCAUUUACUGGGAUUCUGCGAAGGAGUUUGUGCCGCAGGAUGCCUCGACCAACAUUUUUCUAGCGACGUUCACAACAGCUUGGGCUCGUCUCAAGCUGUAUAGUGAAAUGGAGAAGCUGGGUCGAGAUGUCCUGUAUCACGACACAGACUCCAUCAUCUAUGCCUCGAAUGGUCCGCAAUGA